AUGCAGAGCCUCAUCCACGGAGUAAUCGAACGGUGCUUUGAUCCCAGUUUCCCGCCAGGGAAGCAGGCACAAGAUUCCUGGAACUUGUUCUGGAGAGAUAUAAAUUUAGUCUUCCCUAUUCGAAAUGAUCCUGACCGAAAAAGGGCCAUGGGUGCGCAUGUCCUACGAUAUAUCGAGGAUAUACGCGGUCAUCGCAAGUCUCCGAAAACAGCAAAAUGGAGGCAUACUGUCAUGGAUCAUAUAAGAAGAGGCGAUACUGCGUCGUGUCAGCCGGCAAUCAUUCCGAUGACACUGCCAGGAAGCCCUCUCAUCUUAACGCCUCGAGCUCCAGACCCAAUGGCGCGGAGCUGCACGGCGUCAAAGGUCACUUUAGAAAGUAUAAGUAUUGUAUCAGAAGAGGAUCUAGUACCUGCGUAUCUACCCCCACGAAGAUGUCUGGUCCCACCUCAGCCCCGAGAACAUCGAACCUACGAAAUACGCAUUGUCGCAACUAGCUCCGUCCGACCACAGUGCAGAUCUCCCACUCCCGAGUCGCCUUCCCCGAGCAGGGCGAUCAAGCCCGAGUCGUCGAUGCCUAGUGCUCCCCUUGAACUUGAACAUGUGUCUAUCUCGCCGUCUCCUACAUAUAGAAUCGAAACCGUGCCAUGUUUGUCUACGGAAGGGCCCGCCACCACGGAUACAGGGCAAGUAUGGCACGAAACAGAGAUCCGGGGCCCAUUGGGCUACUCGCCUGAUGUCUACAAAUUUCUACGCUCCUGCGUUCCGGAGACGACCCACUUGAUGAAGCUUUUCGUCAAUGAACUUGGUAUUAAGGACUUAAAAUCCCUCUUCGCGAUCAUGCGGUGGCCACCGUCGUCCCGCGAUCGAUAUUUCUUCAACUUGACACGCAAUGGAAAGUUAAAUUACAUUGAUUCGGACGCCAUCAAGAGGCGGUUGUGUGACAUGCAAACUGAGUUGGAGACCGCAGCCCCCCAUACGUCGUAA